AUGGCGCAGAGUCAUGCGGACAGCAACAAGAGGGUUUGGGAUACGCCACUUGUAAACGGUGCUUUCUGUCGGGUGACGGGCAAAUCUGCAAGGCAAAAGAGCUGUGGCUGUUCUACACUAGGGAUCUGGUAAUACCUCGGACAUAAUGAGGUAGUACCGUAGCCGGUGAUGGUGGUGGCGUGAUAUCGAGAGCGAUCUUCACCAAUGUGGAGGUUUCGUGUCUAUCGAAGUCGAAGGGAUCCACGGAUACCGAGCACGACAGGCGGGACAGGGCAGUUUGAGGGGCUUAUUAUUAGGCUUACGCAGUAGAGAGACUGAGACAGAGUGCUAUGCUAUCCCAUAGGAUGAUGAGACAUGCAUACAACUUCUAUACGCGAGGGCGUAUCAUCGUAUUCUGCUGUCCUCGUCACCUCGGGCUUGGGCCGAUCUCACAGGAGUAUCUUGAUUCCUCACGAGACGUCCCGGCGGGGGCGGAGUGCCUUCGAAACAUUGGCAUGGCUGUCGUGCUCCGGAAUCCACUGUCAUACGGGCUGAGGCGUUUUCCUUUGGGUCUGCUGGCCAAGACAGAUAAGGGAGCGCUGGCCGGAGCAGGCGGGGGAAUAACUUCGGCUGCGUCGGCGUCCCAUGGAAUACAACGGCCGUGGAUUGGGCGAAGCAUUACCGGAUACCGGGGGGAUCUGAACUCCCGCGCGCAGGUCCGUGGCCGUCCCGCUCCCUCUGUUGUUUUGUCCCCUCAGUUACUUCGUUUGUCGUCGUCGGGUCUUUGGGGCGGGGUGCUUGGCCAUGCAGAGCCAGCGCCAGCCACGCUUGGCGACUCGAUGUUGACGUUGCUCCCCCUCCUCCAACUCUCCUACCGCCAGAGACCACGCCGAACCUGCGACAUAGCAGUAUUCCGUGAGGGAUGAAAUCACGAAAGCCGUGAGCAGCUGCUCUGGCCUCUCGCGAGC